AUGCACCCCGACGCCUUCGCCCUCCACUCCCUCGCAUCCCCCUCCACCCCUCUCCACCGCUCCCUCACCUCCCUCACCAUCCACAAUGCCUGGCUGGAAACCGCCCUCACGCCCCUCGCCUCUCUCCCUCGCCUCGCCUCUCUCUCCUUUCUCUCCUGCACCAUCGAUCCCUGCGACCUGCACGCGCUCGCUCGCUCGCUGCACACGCUCACCCAUCUGGCGGUCCACCACUGCCCCAUGAUUCCCAGCCACUCCCUCGCAGCGCUCGCUGAAAGCAACCCCGCGCUCGCCUCCCUCUCCCUUCACUCCACCUCCCACUUCCUCUUCAUCGCAUGCGGCCUUCGGGAUCUCUUCCUCUCCUCCUCCUCCAGCCUGCACACCCUCACUCUCUCCGGGCUGCCCUCGUACCGCCCGGGCAUGCUUGCACGCUGCAGCAGCCUGCAGUGGCUGACGCUGAGAGGAAGGGAGGCGGCGAGGGGGAGUAUUCUGCCGUCUGAGUCGCCACAAAAGCCGUCUCUGGAUUGCAUUGUGGCCAUGCUGGUGCGCGUGGAGCAGUUGGGGGCUCCUGAAGGACCGGAGGGAGGCGGCGAUAGAGUGGAGAGGUGGAAAGGGGCGAUGGUUGGGGAGAAUGGAGGGCGAGGAAGCACUGCUGCUUCCCCUGCUGCAGCAGCAGCAGCAGCAGCAGCAGCAGCAGCAGCAGCAGCAGCAGCAGGGGAAGCAGAAACAGAAGAUGAAGCAGAGGCAAUGACGGCUGAAGCAGAGGAGGGCGACGAAGCGGUAUCGCCUGCAGCAGCUGCCACGCCGGUGGUCUGCAGUAGCAGGAGGCGACGGUACGUGGAUUUGCACAAGGAAGCAGCAGCAGGGCGCGCUGAGUUUGUGGCAGCAAUGGACAACUGGAUGGCGCUCACCAAGACGUCCAAGUGGAAGCUCAAGAAGGCCGCCACAGAGGCGCUGCGCUGGCGCCGCUUGCACCACGGGGCCGAAAUGAAAGGCUGGAGUGCACGCGAGGCGGCACUUGCAAAGGCCUGUCGUGCCGCCGAGACCGCAGGCAUCUUCACUGCUGCUGUGGAGGAGGAAGUGGAGGAGGAAGUGGGGGUGGAGCCGGAGAGGGAUGACGAGGAGGGGAGGGGAGGGCAAGGGAUUGAUGCGGAGGAGGUGGUGCGAUACAUGCCCGAGGAUGACCUGGAAGAUGAUCUGGCGGCCGUGAGUGAGAAGCUGCUGGCGUGGGUGGCGGUGCCGCGAGCCGACGCACGGGAGCUGCUGCACGCGCUGAUGGAGCUGCUGCUGCUGGAGAUGGAGGACAUGGGCGCCCGCUUUGAGAUCCAUGACCCUGCACAGCCCCACCCCGCAAUACUGCCCGGAUUGGUGAUAGUUCCCGUGCUGGCAGCAGUGCCUGGGGCAGCGGCAGGAGGGUUGGUCACCGCAGCAGCAGGAGCUGGAGCAGCGGCAGCUGAACCUGGGCCGGCAGUGCAUGGAACAGCAGAAGGGGCAGCGGCAGAAGGGGCAGCGGCAGAAGGGGCAGCGGCAGAAGGGGCAGCAGCAGAAGGGGCAGCAGCAGAAGGGGCAGCGGCAGAAGGGGCAGCAGCAGAAGGGAUGGCGGCAGAAGGUACAGCGACAGAAGGGACAGCGGCACAGGAUCCAAGAAGCGCACAAGGAGAAGCAAGAGGGGCUGUGGGAGAGGACGUGAGAGCAGCAGGAGCAUUCGAGCAGCUGCCACGGGCCAAGCAGCUGGGCGGCAGAAGCUCAACCCGCCCACCUCCACAGGGGAGCGCUGACGGAAUUGAGACUGAACUGAUUGAUUAA